AUGACCAGUAGCAACGGAGGAUAUAUUAUCGGAAACGGAAUACCCUAUCCUCCUAUCAAUAUCAAUGUCCAUCCAUCACAGUUUGCUGCCACUGGGUUAGAUAAUCCUGCCACCCAGACGGAUACUCACCGGAAGAUUCUCAGCUCACUCGAUAUUCUGGGCCCAGAGAUGAAGCGGUCAAGGAAUAGUGAGUGGCAGGUGAUUAAUGCAACUGAUGACACCCUUAAGGCUGCAUUUCGACAAGUCUGUGUUCUAAUACUCGAGAAUGGCCUUGAUCUUAGGCAGGUCUGUCAGGAUCAAGACCCGGAGCUCUUAAUUGGCAAAGCGCUGGGUCGAAAGCGUUAA